UUCCCAAACACGCUCCUAGAAAACAUCCAGAAAACACCCGCUGCCUUUAUAAACAUCACAGGGAUGCUGGACACACUAAGACAGAAAAAGAAAGGCACAAAAACACAGCAAUCCUGGAACUCCAGCAUGACUCCUUUUCACCCCCACUGCCAUAAUAGCCGGAGAACCGCUAAUGGAAACCUAUUGGGAUUACAUUGUUUGUUUCAUUAGACUUUAAAAUUGAUUUUUUUUUUUAAAUGCAAUGCUGCUUUAUUUUUAUGAUGACUGGAGAGGUUCCUGGAAAAAUAAUUGUGUUGUAGUGUAAAAAAUACUUAGAGCAUAUGUAUAUGUUGUUUUAAAAAUUUAAUUUGGGAAGUAAGUUUUAGGAUUGCUAUUCAGAAGAAUUGAAUAUUUUCUUUGUUCUUCCAGAAAUAAGGGAAUUAUGUGUAUGGGCUGUUUCAGUGGAAUUUUAUCUGACAUUUUCAAGGCAGAAAAAAAGUCUAUGCAGUCUUCCAUUUUCUCAAAAGUAAAAAAAAAAAAAAAACUAUAAUAAAUCAAAGUCAUUGGGUUCUGCUUCAACAGUCUCCCAAAUUCUGUCUUCUUUUCCCUUUUUCCACUAUCCCAACAGUCUCUUUAAAUGUUUAGUGAAUACUCUAAGUUUUUGGAAGCCAAAAAAAAAAUUAACAUUCAGUAUCAGGCUGGUUAUAAAUGGUAGUCAUUGUUUAACUACAAUUUGGCCUUCCAAAAAUGAAUCUGACCCACUACAAUUUUCUUAUUUUAAACAUGGCAGCAUUUGUAGGCUCAUGUGAAGUAAUUUAUUUGUAAUUACAAGUAAGAGUAAUUGGUUUCAGGAACUUGAUGACGCCUUUAUGCACAUAAUAUAAAACUUGUAUAAAAAAAUAUGCGCGUUCAUUUUCAUUGUGGAGAAAUUACUUUUCUCCAUUUGUGAUUAUCAAACUGCAACUGUAAACACUGAAUCACAGUAGUUAUUUUUCAAUAAUGUCAGCAGUGAUAGUCAGGUUUUCUCCUAUGUGUACCUCUUGAUGCUGUUCCUAAGAACUCUCUAUGUUACUAUAGUUUACUAUUUAUAACAAUUUUGGGGUCUGUAGUGAAAUCUAAACCGUAUGUUGUAAUUCACUGUAUGUAAAUGUAUUACAAUAAUUAGGUCUUAGUCAUGAUGUUGGACUUUAAAAUCGUUUAAUUGUUUUGGAAGGGCUCAUUCUAAUAGUAAGGGAAGGGGAAAGGUUUAGUCACUCAGUCACACUGUUAAUUUAGCUCAGAUGUAGGCCCCAUGGUCCAAUAUACCUUAUAGACAGCAAUUUGUAAGGAUUAUUGAUACAUUUUCUACAUCCUGGCAUGUGUUUUUAUUCUCUUCAUAAUCUAUUGGCCAGACCUACUAAAUAAUUUAUUUAGUCUUACCAAAAUUCACACAAAAGGACCCCUAAAUAACUGCCCUAAAGGCCUCAUUUACAAACCGCACACUUCCGUUGUAAAAACAAUACCAAUAGUAAGGUACGACAUAUGAGUGCAGUAUUUGUCAUAAUUGGUUACUUGUUUAGUGCCUUAUCAUACAGUUUUGUUUAUAACACAAGCUUAAAUCGAGUUAAUAACAUAAUAGCUUCGGCUAUGUUUCUCUAUGGGUGACGUAAAUGGCCCGGGCUCGGCGGUGAGCGAGGCCUCGCGCGCAUUGUCUGCCCCCUCCCGCCCCUGUUGGCGGCGCGCAGCCUGAUUGGCCCGGGCCUGCGAAAGCUUGCUCGGGGAUUCUGGAUGUACAGGCCGCAGAUGCGCUACGGCUGGAAAAUAAAGGCAAAACUGGAUGAUAAUGUAUUCGGUACAAUAAGAAGGGCGUUGGCACACCAAAGACGAAUCAGCGGAUCAGGUAAAAGCGUCGCUAUCGACACCGGAUGUUACCAAAACUUGAGCCGCGGCCUGUUUGGGCCUCGUCGGACAACGUAACAAACAAAAGCUCGGCAAAGGGCCUUGCUUAGCCAGCUAGCUACCUGUGCUAACAGACCGAUCUGUUGACGGAGUGAGAUAUUCGUCGCAUACACGAAUUCCAAAACUUGGACGAAUACGAAGAGUUCGGCUUCACGAACUAGAUGCAUGUAACAACGUGUCUGCGUAAGUUAUAGGUUUUUUCCAUUCGCGUCGGAUAAUGCCACUAAUGCUAACUAGCAUUAACUAAAAUGGCGGAAAUCAAGAUGGCGGACGCGCCUGCGGCAGAUCUAUAUCUAGAAAUUGCUAACAUAAACAAGUAGUUAGUCUGAUGUAUCCUGUAUUCAGUACGUUUAAGUCGAACUCCUUUCUAUGUUUGCGUCGAAGUUUCUGUUAGCGUGUAAUAUUGUCGCUUAAAAAAACUAAAUGUUAAAAUUUUAAGAUUUGACGUAACAGGCGAAGCUGCGCAUGUACGAGCAGCAUAGCGUGCAAUGGCCAUGAUUUCAGCGGCAGCAAAGGGCUAUGGGUAGACACGGGCAGAGGAGGGAACGCGCGCGCGCGGGGGAGGGAGGUGGUGGUGGGAAAUGAAAAUAAACAUGAAAUUUGAUAGACAUACAGCGACAGUAAAGAAUACGUCAAGUCGGGCACGGACGGUGUAGAUAUUAUGCUUUUUAAAUGGUGUUUUCCUUCCAGAUGAUUCACGCACACUGUUGUUUUAUAUUUGACACCUUUAUGUGUAUUAAAUAACAAAACAACAAAUGUGAAGCUUUGUAAAAAAAAAAAAAAAAAACAUCCAAGAAAAUGGAUCAAGGCGGAGGGGUCUUAGAGCUUCACUCCCAGGAUCUGAAAAUGCCCCACACUAUGAUAAUGCAAGGCUUUGGCAUGGGGGGCAUGGCCCACAUAGAUGGUGAACACAUUGUGGUAUCUGUACCUGAAGCUGUGCUGAUAUCAGAUGUGAAUGCUGAUGAGGGCAUUCUGCUGGAGCAUGGUCUGGAGGCUGCAGUAGUGGAAGGGCCUGGUAUUGGUCGAGAAGAUAUCAUUAUGUCCGAACCUAUCCUGGGUGCAGAGGUGGCCAUUGAAGAGGCUCUGGAUGCUGUCCAGCAUGUCCUGGCUGCUGAACGUAUCGAAGAAACAGUACCUGAACAGGUGUUUGUGACUGAUCUCAUGUCUACACACGAGGACAGCCCACUGGACCCUGAGCUGGUGUCAGAGGAGGUAUUGGUCGCAGAUACAGAGGCCAUAGUUCAGGCACAUGAGACCACACCCCCCUGUGCGACCCUUAAGCCCGAUGACGAUGAAGAUGAAAAAAGCACUUCAGAAGAUUACCUCAUGAUCUCAUUGGAUGAUGUGGGGGAGAAGUUGGAUAUUGGAGACACACCGUUAAAAAUUAGCACAGAGGUGGGCCAGGAUGAUGAAUCCAAGGAAGACGAAUUCGGCUCUGAGGUUAUCAAAGUGUACAUCUUUAAGGCCGAAGGGGAUGAAGAUGUGGAAAUAGGUGGAACAGAGGUUGUUGCAGAGAGUGAUUUUCCCAAUGGGCAUGCAGUGUUGGAUCCAGCAACAGCAAGCACCGGUCGGCUGUCAAGGGAGAAAAUGGUCUACAUGGCAGUGAAGGAUACCAGCCAAGGACAGGAAGAUAUGAAUGUUUCUGAGAUGACUGACCAAGUGUACAUGGAGGUGAUUGUCGGGGAAGAUGAGGCUCCUGCUAUACAAGAAGCACAAUUGGAGCAUUCGCCAUCUAAGACCUUUGUUCCUGUUGCGUGGGCAGCUGCCUAUGGUAACAAUCUGGAGUCUCAAUUAGAGAGUAAACAUGGUGCAACUACUCCAUACCUGCAAAUCAGUGACAGCAUCAGUACAAGCCGCGCUCUCAAACAGAGGCUCAAGAAGAAGAAGAAGGGAGAGACACGACAGUGCCAGACUGCUGUUAUAAUUGGCCCUGACGGCCUGCCACUGACGGUCUAUCCUUGCCACAUCUGCGGCAAAAAGUUCAAGUCACGUGGGUUUCUGAAGAGGCACAUGAAGAACCACCCAGACCACAUGUUUAAGAAGAAGUACCAGUGCACAGACUGUGAUUUCACUACUAAUAAGAAGGUCAGCUUUCACAACCACAUAGAGAGCCACAAGCUCAUCGUCAAGAAUGAGAAAGUCCCAGAGUACACAGAGUACACGCGGCACUACCGGGAGGCGAGCCCGCUCAGCCCCAACAAGCUGAUCUUGCGUGACAAGGAACCCAAGGUUCACAAGUGUAAAUACUGCGAAUACGAGACGGCUGAACAAGGCCUGCUCAAUCGGCACUUGCUGGCUGUGCACAGCAAAAACUUUGCACAUGUUUGCGCAGAGUGUGCCAAGGGCUUUCGCCACCCAUCUGAGCUCAAGAAGCACAUGAGGACGCACACGGGUGAGAAGCCCUAUGGCUGCCAACGCUGCGAAUUCCGCUGUGCUGACCCGUCCAACUUAAAGACUCAUGUAAAGAGCAAGCAUGGCGCCGAGCUGCCAUUUAAGUGUGCCCACUGCCCAUUAGCAUUUGCUGAUGACAAGGACUUGCAGAGGCACAUGGAAGUCUUUCAGGGACACAAGACUCACCAGUGUCCACACUGUGAGCACAAGAGCACCAAUUCAAGCGACCUGAAGCGCCACAUAAUUUCUGUACACACCAAGGACUUUCCACACAAGUGCGAUGUGUGUGAAAAAGGUUUCCACCGACCAUCAGAGCUCAAAAAACAUGCAGAAACGCACAGAGGCAACAAGGUACACCAGUGUCGGCACUGUGACUUUAAGAUCUCAGACCCUUUCACUCUGAGCCGACAUAUUCUUUCUGUGCACACAAAAGAGCUGCCUUUUAAGUGCAAACGUUGCAAGCGUGGCUUCAGGCAGCAGAACGAACUCAAGAAACAUGUUAAGACUCACAGUGGCCGCAAAGUCUACCAGUGCCAGUACUGUGAGUAUAAUACGGCAGAUGCCUCGGGUUUCAAGCGCCACGUAAUCUCCAUCCACACUAAGGACUACCCACAUAGAUGUGACUACUGCAAGAAGGGUUUUAGACGGCCCUCUGAAAAGAAUCAGCACAUAAUGCGCCAUCACAAAGACACACUGAUAUAAUACUCCUCGGUUCGCCACCUCGCAAACUAGAACCUAAUUCACACAACUGAAAAUAUGAAUGGAAUGGUACAGUUCAGUUGGGUAAUUGCUCUUGACCUUUUCCCCCUGCAGGUUUUUGUAAGGGUGUUUUAAAUAACCAUAAAAACUAUUCCCAUUAUUGGAGCAGGAUUGCUAAGGUCAGCCAGGGUCUCAAAUGAUUAUAUUUUUGUAUCUACCUGGCUGAAACGCUGCAAGUGAAUAAUGUCUUCAAUGUUAAUUGGAUAAUUAAAGCUUGAUAUGCUGUGAUUGAAAAGAAAUGCCCACUAUGAUGCUUGGAUUCCCUGUAGCCAUGUUGGUGUGGGCUGCAGUGUACUCCCUCAGUGAGUACUUACUAGUGUGCCUAGCUCAUAUGCUAACAUUUUUUAACGCCCGUUUAAAUCAUGUCAUUGGUUUCAGUAGGUCAAUUGUGGUAUAAAUUAUCUCAUUUUUUUUUUUAAAGUUUACUUAUAUACAACUCUUAAGUAAACAUUUACAUUUGUGCAUAUGGGUAUAGUUACAUACUCAUUUAUAUUUAAGUAUAUCUCUAUAACAUUAACCAGUAAAUCUUUUUACCCAAGAUUCUGGAGAUUGAAUUCACUUUAGUUUAAAUAAAACAUUUUUUUUCUUCAUUUGUCGCCCCUGUGAAUGCCGCUACAAGUAAUGUAUAUGUAUAAUCACAUGUAACUGGCAAAUGUGCGCACAUUGUCAUUUUGAAUUCCAAUUUGCAGUCAUGCCUUACCUGUAUUGUAUUUUUCUUGCACUGAACUCAGUAAAUUGAAUGUGAUUAUUA